CCGCCGCCGCCGUGCGCUCUUCGCCACUCGGCCGCGCCGCGAACUUCCGAACGGCCGGCGGGGCCAUGGGGCCGUCCCCGGGUCGGAUCACGUAGCCGCGGCGCCCGCGGAGAGCCCGCGCGGCCCCGAAGCAACGGCCCAGACCUUCCUGCGUCCCGGCCAUGGGCGGUCGCGGCGCCCCCUUGUGCGCUGCGCAACCCGUGGUGGCCGAGGGCGGCCCGGCCCGCGAGCCGCUGCAGCUGCUGGAGGUGUCCCCCCGAAAGAGGCUGACCGCCGGGCCCGAGCAGGACCCAUGCGGCAGCCGCCCUGCGCCCGAGGGCGCCGGGGCGGGCGCAGAGCAGGGCCACUCGGCCGGCGGAGGCGGCUGGUGCCGCCACUGCCAUACGAAGCUCGCCGAGCUCAAGCGACAGGCGUGGAAGCUGGUCAGCGGGCCCGGGACUCCCCUCCGGGACCCGUGCCUCUCGGCUCUGCUUCUCGACAAGCUGCCUGCGUGUCGCCCGGAGGCCGAGCGCCGCUGCGAUGUCUGUGCCACGCGCCUGAACCAGCUCUCGCCGGAGGCCCUGCGGCUGCUGCAGGCACCUGCCAGCCGUGAGGACCCUGACGCCCCUCGUGGAGGCCCCGGCCUCACACCCCCCAGCACCGGCACCGGUGCCGCCACCAGCCAGAGGGAUGUACCAGCACCGGCGGGGAGGCAGCCGAGCCGAGCGGGGCCGGACAGGAGGAAGGGGCUGGCCUGGCCUUCCGGGCCCAGCGUUCAGGUGUCAGUGGCGCCCGCCGGCCUGGGCGGAGCCCUGAGCACGGUCACCAUUCAGGCCCAGCAGUGCCUGGAGGGCAUGUGGAGUGUCUCGAGGGUCAACAGCUUCCUGCCACCGUCAUGCCUGGCUGAAGCAGCGGUGGCCGCGGUGGCGGUGGCAGACACGGUCCGGGAUGGCCCCCCUUCCGUGGGGCCCGAUGGCAUGUUGAAGACGUGGGCCCCUGGUGGAGCCUGCUCUGCGGCCCUGGUCACCCCGGCCCCGGGCACGCCGGUCGGGGGCUCCACGGGCCCGUCAGCUGCAGCCUCCUUCUUCCUCAGGGCUGCCCAGAAGCUCAGCCUGGCCUCCAAGCGCAAGAAGCCCCACCCACCGCCCGCCCCCACUGCCCGCGGAGCCUCCACCUACCCCACGGACUUCAGCGGGGUCCUGCAGCUGUGGCCACCCCCCGCGCCCCCCUGUCUGCUGAGGGCCGCCUCCAAGGCCAAGGACAACCCCAGCAGUGUUGGAAAGGUGAAGGUCAUGCUGCGGAUCUGGCCGGAGCAGGGGGCCCAGCGCUCGGCCGAGUCCACCUCCUUCCUGAAGGUGGACCCGCGGAAGAAGCAGGUGACCCUCUACGACCCGGCCGCGGGGCCCCCGGGCAGCGCGGGCUCCCGACGCGCCACCCCGGCCGCCGUGCCCAAGAUGUUUGCCUUCGACGCCGUGUUCCCCCAGGACUCGGAGCAGGCCGAGGUCUGCUCGGGGACGGUGGCCGACGUGCUCCAGUCAGUGGUCAGUGGGGCUGAUGGCUGCAUUUUUUCCUUUGGCCACACGAGCCUCGGCAAGUCCUUCACCAUGAUCGGGAGGGACAGCUCGCCGCAGAGCCUGGGCGUCGUGCCCUGCGCCAUCUCCUGGCUCUUCAGGCUCCUGGACGAGCGCAAGGAGAGGACGGGCACGCGCUUCUCCGUCCGCGUCUCGGCCGUGGAGGUGUGCGGCCGGGACCAGAGCCUGCGGGACCUGCUGGCCGAGGUGGCCUCCAGCAGCCUCCAGGACGCCCAGUCUCCGGGUGUGUACCUGCGGGAGGACCCCGUCUGCGGGGCGCAGCUCCAGAACCAGAGCGAGCUGCGGGCGCCCACGGCCGAGAGGGCGGCCUUCUACCUGGAUGCGGCGCUGGCCGCCCGCAGCUCCGGCCGGGCUGGCUGCAGCGAGGACGCCCGUUGCAGCUCCCACGUGCUCUUCACGCUGCACGUCUACCAGUACCGCAUGGAGAAGUGCAGCCGGGGCGGAAUGUCCGGAGGCCGCAGCCGCCUGCACCUCUUCGACCUGGGCAGCUGUGAGGGGGCGCCGGGCAGGGGCGGGGAGGCCCCCGGGGGCCCCCUGUGUCUGUCCUUGUCGGCCCUGGGCAGCAUCGUCUUGGCCUUGGUCAGCGGAGCCAAGCACGUGCCCCACAGGGAGCACAGGCUCACCACGCUGCUGCGGGAGUCCCUGGCCGCGGCCAGCUGCCGCGCCACCAUGAUCGCCCACGUCUCCGACGCGCCGGCCCGCCACGCCGAGACGCUCAGCACCGUGCAGCUGGCGGCCCGCAUCCACCGUCUGCGCAGGAAGAAGGUCAAGUAUGCGUCCAGCUCCUCAGGCGGGGACAGCUCCUGCGAGGAAGGCCGAGCCCACCGCCCCCCCCACCUGCGACACUUCCACCCCCGCUCCGUGGCCCCCGACCCCGACCGCCGGGCCCCCAGCUCGCCCGGCGACCCCGACUACUCAUCCAGCAGCGAGCAGUCCUGCGACACGGUCAUCUACGUGGGGCCUGGGGGGGCGGCGCUGUCAGACCGCGAGCUCACGGACAAUGAGGGCCCGCCUGACUUCGUGCCCAUCAUCCCCGCGCUGAGCCGCCGUCGGCCGUCUGAGGGCCCGCGCGACGCCGACCACUUCCGCUGCAGCACCUUCGCGGAGUUGCAGGAGCGGCUGGAGUGCAUCGACGGCCCCGACGGAGCCCAGGCCAGCCCGGCCCGCGGGAGCAGGAAGCCCUCGUUGCCCGAGGCCGUAGCCCCCAGGAAGGCCACGGGCUCCCCGCUGGCUGCCAGCACGCCUCGUGCCAGCCCCGUCCCAGACACCCGCCGGGGUGCUGCGGAGCCCUCCAAGGCUGACGGUGACCAGGGAGAGGGCGGCAGCAGCAGGCCUGAGCUGCCUGUGCCGGACAAGCCCACAGUGGGUGGAGGCCGGAGGCCGCUGCCCAGCCCGGCCCCCCCGCCGCCUCGGCAGCCAGACGCUGGUGGGGCCCCUGAAGAGCCUGGGGGAGCCGAUGGUGUGGUACGGACGCCCCCCUUGGGCACAAGUGGGCAGGCAGGCUGCCCCCGCCAGCCUGCGCGCGGCCACCGCCUGGAGCGGGGCCUGCUGACCACCACGGUGACCUUGCAGCAGCCCGUGGAACUCAACGGCGAGGACGAGCUGGUGUUCACCCUGGUGGAGGAGCUCUCCCUGGGGGCGCUGGGUGGCCCCGGGCGCCCCGCCAGCCUGGCCAGCUUUGGCAGUGACUGCUCCCUGCAGGCCCUGGCCUCGGGUUCGAGGCCAGUCAGCAUCAUCAGCAGCAUCAACGAUGAGUUUGACGCCUACACCUCGAAGCCCCCCGGGGGCGCCCCAGACGGAGCGGCCUGGACCGGCAGCAGCCACAGCUCCUCCAUCAGCUCCUGGCUCAGUGAGGUCAGCGUGUGCACAGCCGACGGCCUCGGCCCCACGCCGCAGCCCCCCUCGAGGGCCAGCCCAGACCCCUUCAGCCCUGAUGCACCAGCAGGUCCGGACCCCCUGGGCCCCCUGAUCCCGGACAGCUCCGUGGAGGACAGCAGCCUUCAGUUCUCGGAGCAGGACCGAGUGGACAGUCCUGGCCCUGCCUGGAGCCCUCGUCCUGGCGAGGAGGGGGCGGCGGCCGCCACCCGACCUGGCUGGGAGCCCCGCGCUGCGUCUCCAGGCAGGGCAGCCCCGGCACAGACUCUCCACUCCAGCCUUCCCCGGAAACCGAGGUCGUCCUCGACAGCCAGUCGUGUGGGCUGCACUCGCCUGGCUCCGGCCCCGCCCGGUCCCGGAGGCCCCUUCGAGGACCCGUGGCUUCUCCGGGCGGACGAAUGUGGCCCAAUCCACCUGGCCUCUGCCAGCAGGGCCCCCAGCCCGGCUCUGAUGCCAGCCCGGAGGGUGGUGGAUGGUUGUGAGGUGGGCAGGGUGGCCCAGAGGCCAGAGGCCAUGGCUCAGAUCCCCCCGCUGCGGAGAGGGGCCACCACGCUGGGUGUGACCACGCCCUCCGCCUCCUUCAGGGACGCCCCGACUGAGGCAGCCGCUUGCCUGGGCAGCCCAAAGCCUGCCCCCGGCAGCAGGAAGAGCGUGGCCGCUAAAGGCGGGCUCUGUCCCAGGCCCGGCGGAGCGGCCCCCCCCGCCCCGCCCGAGCGCAAGUCCAGCCUGGAGCACAGGAGCAGCCCGGCACCGGCCCUUCCCCAGGCUGGGAGCCUAGUGUGGGCCGGGGCUGCUGCCUUCCUCCGAGCAGAGGGGGAGGCCAGGCCCGGCAGCCGAGCCGACCACUCCAUCCCUAGGGCCACGUCCAGCCUGAAGGCCCGGGCGGGCAAGGCAGAGGCAGCGAGCCGGCCCACCACCCAUGGGUCUCUGGAGCGGUGUGAGGGCCUGGCACAGGGUGGCAGCAAGGCCAGGGAAGCCCCUGGGAGGCCGGCCCGGACCGUGCCCAGGUUGGGUGUGCCACCCGCCAGCCCCACGCCGGGGCCCGCUCCUGCCUGUAGGAGCAGCCCAGCCAAGGGCGUGGGGGCCCCCAAGCCCCCUACCAGUGGGGGCAAGGGCCGCAGCUUAGCGGCCGCUGGGUCCAGGGCUCUGGGGGCUGCAGUGAAGCCACUGAGCCCUGCAGCAGGCAGGACCCCUGGAGGCCCGGGGACGGGUCCCAGGGUCGUUCCACGGGUGGCGCCUGGUGUUGGGGCCAAGGCCAGCCGGGGCACCAUCAUGGGCGCCAAGCAGGCGCUCCGGGCGGCCCACAGCCGCGUCAAUGAGCUGGCGGCUGGUGGUGCCCACAGCCGAAGCGGCCUCUCGUGGGGCUCGGCCGACUCGGACAGCGGCAACGACAGCGGCGUGAACGUGUCCGAGGAGCGGCCGCCCGUGGGCCCAGCGCUGCCCUCUCCUUAUAGCAAGGUGACGGCGCCGCGGCGCCCGCAGCGCUACAGCAGCGGCCACGGCAGCGACAACAGCAGCGUGCUGAGCGGGGAGCUCCCGCCUGCCAUGGGCCGCACUGCCCUUUUUUAUCACAGCGGCGGCAGCAGCGGCUACGAGAGCAUGAUGCGUGACAGCGAGGCCACCGGCAGUGCCUCCUCCGCCCCCGACUCCUUGAGCGACAGCGGGGCCGCGUCCCCAGGCGCCCGCUCCCGCAGCCUCAAGUCCCCCAAGAGGAGGGCCACAGGUCUGCAGCGGCGACGGCUGAUCCCAGCCCCGCUGCCCGAUGCCGCUGCCCUGAGCCGCAAGCCCAGCCUGCCCGGGCAGUGGGUGGACCUGCCCCCGCCCCUGUCUGGCUCCCUGAAGGAGCCGUUCGAGAUCAAGGUGUACGAGAUUGACGACGUGGAGCGUCUGCAGCGGCACCGCCCGGCCCCCAGGGAGGACCCUGCCGAGCCCUUCCAGAACGCCGAGAAGGGCCUGGUGUGCGUCGGCGCGAAGCUGCGGCUGGCGGAGCGGAGGCAGCAGCGGCUGCGGGAAGUGCAGGCGAAGCGCCAAGUCCUCUGUGAGGAGCUGGCCGAGACCCAGGGCCGGCUGAUGCUGGAGCCCGGCCGCUGGCUGGAGCAGUUCGAGGUGGACCCGGAGCUGGAGCCCGAGUCGGCCGCGUACCUGGCGGCCCUGGAGCGCGCCACGGCCGCCCUGGAGCAGCGCGUGAACCUGUGCAAGGCCCGCGUCAUGAUGGUUACCUGCUUUGACAUCAGCGCGGCCGCCCCUGCCGCCGCCCCGGGCCCGCAGGAGGUGGACGUCUGAGGCCGGGCGCGGGGCGCGGGGCGCGGGGCGCGGGGGGCGUCAGGGCUUGAGGACGGGACGUGCGGUGGAGCGAGGAUGUGGCGGGGGUCGGGGGCGAGGGUGCAGAGGGGGUCCGGUGCGGGACCGGGGCUCGGAGGCGAUGGGGUUGGGGGAGGCGGGGCGGGCCGAGCGGCGUGGACGGCGGAGUGUGCGGGGACCGGACGACUGUCGCCCCUGGACAGCAACGCAAGUGCCUUUAACCUUGGAGUGGACUUCUCUUCUCUUCGCAUUUGGUGCUAAGGACUCAAGACACCAGCAGACGGUGUGCGCUGGGGCUGCGCCUGGGCCGCGGCGGGGCCCCCAGGGGCCGCAGGAGCUGGCUGUGUGAUCCGAGCUCGCCUUCUUGGCAGCCAAGCCGCCUCGUGUAGCAGGACAGCCCCGAGCUCACCGGGCCUCUGUCUUCGAUUCAGGAGUACUUUCCUUUGGAGCUGCUUCCUCUCGGCAGAGUCUCCAGACCCUCGGUCUGCGCGUGCUUGUCUCCGCAGGUCGAGCCAGUGGGGUCUUCCGGGCGGGGGUGGCGGGCCCUCCUUCCCUCCCCCGGGACCUGCUCUGUCAGGUCCCCGCGCAAGGGCUGAGCUGAAGGCACCCGUGCCUUCCUCCACGGCAGGAAUUCUUACCAAAACCACAAGCAAAAAACAAAACAAACCAACACACACAUUAGGGGACGAGGGUUUUGUAAAGGUUCUGUUAGGCUCAUAUUUUUCUAUCAUUUUGCCUAUAAACGCGGUAUUUGCAGUGGGAAUUUGAAGACAAAUGAUCUAUGUUUUUAUGGUUUUCUAUAGACGGCGUCCCCCCGGCCGGGCUCUUUCUGGGGGGCACCCGGGCAGGGCGGGGGGGCUUGGGAAGCAGGCACUUCUUGCCAGAUGCAGUGCAGGGGUGGGCCUGCCAACGAGGCGCCUCCCCGUCCUGCCGGGUCCUGUCUCGAGCGUCGUGCAUUUUCUAUGGUGUCCCUACCUUUGUACAAAUAUGUAGACGAACUCUUUUGCCAGCUUUUACUUGUGAAUAAAAGCUGCGUUCAUUGUU